GGGCAUUUGCCCAGCGAUCCUGAAGAAAGUCCACCUUCUUUCCCUCCCGGGAUCACAUGCAGAGGAGGAUGGAGAAGAGGAAGCAGCAGCAGCAUCUGCCUUGAGGAGCAUGCCUUCUCUUCUUCCCCAUCUGGAGGAUGCUCUGUCCUGGCACACCCAGCCACAACAGCUGUUGAAGUAAAAAUCAUCUUUAUGUCUGGACUCCCAAGGCAAGAUCCUUUCAGAGCUUAGAACAUUUUCUGGAAUCAAACACCUUUUCACCAGCAACAGUCCAAAAAGGACUAUAAUAUGGAUGUAGAAUUUCAAGACUAUAGUAACAGGACAGUUGCUUCAGAGAACAUCUCUGCUCCUUCCGUGGGUUCCAAUUUUCCUGCCUGGGAAGACUAUAAAAACAGUGUGGAUGACAUACAGUACUUUCUUAUAGGUCUGUACACUUUGAUCAGUCUUGCUGGUUUUCUGGGAAACCUGCUUAUUCUUGUGGCUUUGGGGAAAUGCAAGCAAAAAACAAUAAUAAACUUUCUUAUUGGGAACUUAGCCUUUUCAGAUACUUUAGUGGUACUCUUCUGCUCUCCCUUCACCUUGACAUCUGUUCUACUUGAUCAUUGGAUGUUUGGCACAAUCUUGUGCCAUGUGAUGCCCUUCCUCCAGUGUGUGUCUGUCCUGGUUUCAACUUGGAUGUUGAUUUCUAUUGCGGUGGUCAGGUACUGCUUGAUACGCCACCCUCUUUCUAGCAACUUGACACUGAAACAUGGUUGCUACCUCAUUUUGGUCAUCUGGACUCUUGGUUUGGUCUUUUGCUCUCCUCUGCUUGUUUUCCACAAGAUUGUUGAUUUUCAAGAUGCCUUUAAUCUAGAAGCACUCAAAAGCAAGCACUUGUGUGUUGAGGCAUGGCCAUCUACUUGGUACCGAAUUGCUUUCACUAUUUCCUUAUUACUCAUGCAGUACAUCUUGCCUUUGGUUUGUUUAACUGUAAGUCAUACCAGAGUCUGUAAGUCUGUUAGUUCCAGAUUGUCUGGCAAAGAAAACAAGUUGGAAGAGAAUGAGAUGAUAAAUUUAACCCUUCAUGAGCCCAAACACCAUGGACAGCUUUCUAGCUCUGAGAGGUGGAGUUAUACUUUUGUCAGGAAGCACCGAAAGAGGUACAGUAAGAAGACUGCUAGUGUGAUGCCUGCAAUCUUAAGGCACCAUCAGGAUCUUAAUUCUGGAGGUCUCCCUGAAACAUUAGGCACUGAAAGAAGUCAGCUCUCUUCAUCUGGCCAAUUUAUACCAGGGAUACCUAUUUGUUUUGAGGCAAAACCGGAGAAUUCAGAAGCACUGGAUGGGAUUACAAUACCCCGACCCACCAUUCAGAUUAAGAAAAGAUCUCGGAAGGUUUUCUGUCGACUGACUGUGCUGAUCAUAGUUUUUGCUGUAAGCUGGAUGCCCCUUCAUGUUUUCCAUGUUGUAACUGACUUCAAUGGCAAUCUCAUCUCAAACAAGCAUUUUAAAUUGGUCUACUGCAUUUGUCAUUUGUUGGGCAUGAUGUCUUGCUGUAUAAAUCCAAUUUUGUAUGGGUUUCUGAACAAUGGCAUAAAAGCUGAUUUGUUGUCCCUUUUAUCAUGCUUACAAAUAUCAUGAUUCUCGACAAAUUAAGAGUAAGAUGUUCAACACAUUUACUAUGCCCACAGGCUACCUAAACUGUGGGAUAUUUAAUCUUGUGAAAAUGAGUGAUGGCAAGUUGUGGCUUAGAAUUUAUUGUGAGAAUGAUUAACUCACUGCUUAGUUGAUACAGUAUCUGGAUACACUUCUCCACUUAUGCAGACAUGUCAGAUAAUCAGGUUUCAAGUAGUCACUCCAUGGCCACCUCAUUCUUACAACUGGUACCAUCUUCAGACUGGAAACGCAGGCCAGUUUUUCAGUUGAGUCUUCUAUUUGAGGUUCAAAAGAUAGUAGUAGUUCUUGUUCUUUCCCAUCAAGAUGGCUCUGACUUAUAAAAGCCCUUUUUAAGGUUUUCAUGGCAAAUUUUAUUGAAAGGAGAUUUACCCUUGCAUUCCUCUUAGUCUGAGAGAAUGUGACUUGCCCAAGGUCACCCAUUGGGUUUCUAUGACUUCAUCCAACACUCAGACCUCUACACCAUACUGUCUCUUUUCACAAGGCGUAUUAAUUUUUGUGUGUUACGUACAUGGAGAGAUACUAAAUCAUAGCUCAGGUCCACAAAUUUCUAUCAAACAUUGCUUUACCAGUAUUAAAAGAUAUGUAGACUACAAAUCUCGCUAUGAAACAUGCAAAGAGAUAAUCAGCAGUUGUUAUUGUUUUGUUAAUCAUUUAUUGUUAAAAUAAACUCAUUGAUGCUUUAAAAAAGUUUUUAAGCAAAUUAAAAUAAAUGUCUACUUGUAUGUAUUAAUGGAAACAAAACUGGUAUUCAUUUUAUUACAUAAUGUGAAAGAUUUCUUAAAAAAUCUUUUAUGGGGACUUAAGGAGUCAAGUCAGCUGAAAGGAACAAUAUGCAGAAAUGACAUCUGCUUCUUACAGUGUAGAAAUAUUACGUUUUAAAAGUUGAUAGGAUUUUGCGUAGUUGUAAUAAAAGGUUAAAUAAAACUAUUACCCAAUCCAGCUUUCGGAUAAUAAAAGAGAUUUUAAAAAGAGGGAAAGGAGGAGGAAGAGAGAAAAAGAAAGAAUGCACAGAAGAAGCAUAUUCUUCAUGGAACUCUGGAUGGAAUAUGGUCACAUACAGGACAAGUACAAAGGAGUGCUUCCCAGCAUAAUAUAUAGGAAGUAGCCCAAAAUUUCUAAUUGUUCAUUUUUCAAUGUUCUUACCACCUGAUUUGUUGCCAUUCUUUCACCAGGCUCACCUAAUGUCAUGCUUGGAAUUUCAAUGGGGAGUCAUCAGAUUCAGUAAUAUUUGUAUAGCAAACAUAUACAUUGAGCAGAGGCUGAAUCCCUUUCCUCCUUAGAAAUAUUAAACUAGUUCAGUUUGGAUGUGAUUUCUUCUAUGCCUAGUGGGCAUUUCUUCUGAAUACACUGAAGUCACGUGGUUAAAAGGUGGGAUUUGCUACAUCCUGAAAAUGCAAUUUAUUUAUUUAUUUAUAGUUAGUUUGGUUACAUGCCUCCUUUCUCCCCAACAUGGUUUCCACUUGCAGUGAAAGUUGUCAGUGCUGUUGUGAAAGGAAGGAAGGAAGGAAGGAAGGAAGGAAGG